GCGCGAUGGCGGCCGCCGGGGUUGCAGGGGUAUCGGCGGCCGUGUCGGAAAAGCAAGAGUUUUACCAGCUUCUGAAGAACCUGAUCAAUCCAAGCUGUAUGGUGCGGAGGCAGGCAGAGGAAAUCUAUGAAAAUAUCCCAGGCCUAUGUAAGACUACAUUCCUCUUAGAUGUCGUCAGAAAUAGAAGAGCAGGUUAUGAGGUGAGACAAAUGGCUGCCGCACUGCUACGAAGGCUUUUGUCCUCUGGUUUUGAGGAAGUCUAUCCAAAUCUACCUUCUGAUGUUCAGAGGGAUGUCAAGAUUGAGCUGAUACUGGCCGUUAAGUUAGAAACACAUGCGAGCAUGAGGAAAAAACUCUGUGAUAUUUUUGCGGUGCUGGCCAGGAAUUUGAUAGAUGAAGAUGGCACUAACCACUGGCCUGAAGGUCUAAAGUUCCUUAUUGAUUCAAUCCACUCUAAAAAUGUGGUUUUAUGGGAAGUUGCACUUCAUGUUUUCUGGCACUUUCCUGGGAUUUUUGGGAACCAAGAGCGGCAUAAUUUGGAUAUCAUCAAACGGUUGUUGGACCAGUGUAUUCAAGAUCAAGAACAUCCAGGAAUUAGGACAUUAUCUGCUAGAGCUGCAGCUGCAUUUGUACUUGCUAAUGAAAAUAAUAUUGCUCUUUUCAAAGACUUUGCAGACUUGCUUCCUGGAAUUUUACAGGCUGUGGAUGACUCAUGUUACCAGGAUGAUGAUUCGGUCUUAGAAUCCCUUGUUGAGAUUGCAGAUACUGUUCCUAAGUAUUUGGGUCCUUAUUUAGAGGAUACUCUGCAGUUGAGUCUCAAGUUAUGUGGAGACUCUAGGCUUAGUAAUCUGCAACGCCAGCUGGCACUUGAAGUAAUAGUGACCUUGUCUGAAACUGCAACUCCAAUGCUGAAAAAACAUACAAAUAUUAUUGCACAGGCAGUUCCUCAUAUAUUAGCAAUGAUGGUUGAUCUACAAGAUGAUGAGGACUGGGUUAAUGCUGAUGAAAUGGAAGAAGAUGAUUUUGACAGCAAUGCAGUAGCCGCUGAGAGUGCACUAGACAGACUGGCUUGUGGCCUUGGUGGAAAAGUUGUUUUACCAAUGACCAAGGAUCAUGUAAUGCAGAUGCUUCAGAGCCCUGACUGGAAAUAUCGACAUGCUGGAUUAAUGGCCUUAUCUGCCAUUGGAGAAGGAUGCCAUCAGCAAAUGGAAUCAACUCUAGAUGAAAUGGUUAACUCUGUUUUGCUUUUUCUUCAGGAUCCCCAUCCAAGGGUAAGGGCUGCAGCCUGUACAACACUUGGACAGAUGGCUACAGAUUUUGCACCUAGCUUCCAAAAGAAAUUCCAUGAAACAGUGAUUGCAGCUUUGUUGCGUACCAUGGAAAAUCAAGGUAAUCAGCGCGUGCAAUCACAUGCAGCUUCCGCUCUUAUUAUUUUUAUUGAAGAUUGCCCCAAGUCAUUGUUAGUUCUAUAUUUAGAUAGCAUGAUGAAAAAUCUACAUUCUAUCUUGGUGAUUAAACUUCAAGAGUUGAUUCGAAAUGGAACUAAGCUGGCCUUGGAACAACUUGUGACAACCAUUGCCUCAGUUGCAGAUACAAUAGAAGAAAAAUUUGUUCUUUAUUAUGAUCUAUUUGUGCCCUCACUAAAGCACAUUGUUGAGCUUGCUGUUCAGAAGGAACUCAAGCUUCUGAGAGGAAAAACUAUUGAAUGUAUUAGCCAUGUUGGUCUUGCUGUUGGGAAGGAAAAAUUUAUGCAAGAUGCAUCAAAUGUGAUGCAGUUAUUGCUGAAGACACAAUCAGACUUAAAUAAUAUGGAAGAUGAUGACCCUCAAAUCUCUUAUGUGGUUUCAGCAUGGGCUAGAAUGUGUAAAAUUCUUGGAAAAGAUUUUCAACAGUACCUUUCUCUGGUUAUCGAACCUCUUAUUAAGACUGCUUCAGCUAAACCUGAUGUCGCUCUCUUAGACACACAAGAUGUGGAGAAUAUGAGCGAUGAUGAUGGCUGGCAAUUUGUAAAUCUUGGAGACCAGCAAAGUUUUGGAAUUAAAACUUCAGGACUUGAAGCAAAAGCAACUGCUUGCCAGAUGUUGGUUUACUAUGCCAAGGAGUUAAGGGAAGGAUUUGUGGAAUAUACGGAACAAGUCGUAAAGCUAAUGGUUCCUUUACUGAAAUUUUAUUUCCAUGAUAAUGUUCGAGUGGCAGCAGCAGAGUCUAUGCCUUUUCUCCUGGAAUGUGCAAGAAUUCAUGGCGCAGACUAUCUUGCACAGAUGUGGCAGUUCAUAUGUGAUCCUUUAAUCAAGGCUAUUGGAACUGAACCUGAUACAGAUGUACUCUCAGAAAUAAUGAAUUCUUUUGCAAAGUCCAUUGAAGUAAUGGGAGAUGGAUGCCUUAAUGAAGAACACUUGGAAGAAUUGGGAGGAAUAUUGAAAGCGAAACUUGAAGGGCACUUUAAAAACCAAGAAUUGCGACAGGUUAAAAGACAGGAAGAAAACUAUGAUCAACAGGUUGAGAUGUCUCUGCAAGAUGAGGAUGAAUGUGAUGUUUACAUUCUGACCAAAGUAUCAGAUAUUUUGCACUCAUUAUUUAGUACUUAUAAGGAAAAGAUUUUACCAUGGUUUGAACAGCUACUUCCAUUAAUUGUAAAUUUAAUUUGUUCAAGUAGGCCAUGGCCAGACAGACAGUGGGGAUUGUGCAUAUUUGAUGAUAUCAUAGAGCACUGCAGUCCAACCUCAUUUAAAUAUGUAGAAUAUUUUCGGUGGCCAAUGCUACUAAAUAUGCGAGAUAACAACCCUGAAGUCAGGCAAGCUGCUGCUUAUGGCCUGGGAGUUAUGGCACAGUUUGGUGGAGAUGAUUAUCGUUCUUUAUGUUCAGAAGCCAUUCCACUGCUGGUAAAGGUUAUUAAGUGUGCAAAUUCUAAAACCAAAAAAAAUGUCAUUGCUACAGAGAACUGUAUCUCAGCAGUAGGGAAGAUUUUGAGAUUUAAGCCUAACUGUGUAAAUGUGGAUGAAGUUCUUCCACACUGGUUAUCAUGGCUUCCACUGCAUGAGGAUAAAGAGGAAGCUAUUCAGACUUUGAGUUUUCUCUGUGACUUAAUUGAAAGUAACCAUCCAGUUGUACUUGGUCCAGAUAAUUCCAAUCUUCCCAAAAUAAUCAGUAUAAUUGCAGAAGGAAAAAUUAAUGAGACUAUUAACCAUGAAGAUCCUUGUGCCAAACGUCUAGCUAAUGUUGUGCGCCAGGUACACACUUCUGAAGAAUUAUGGUUGGAAUGCAUAUCCCAACUUGAUGAAGAACAGCAGGCAGCCUUACAGGAGUUGCUAAAUUCUGCUUGAAGCACUUUAAUAUCACUUGAAUACUACCCUCCAUAAAAGCAACUCCAAAUAAAUGUUGUGGAUGGAUUUCAUUAGAAGUUAGAGAACUGUUAUCUCCCUGCUUAAGCAGUUUAUAUUUCUUCUCAACAUUUCUCCAACAUUAGUCAAUGUUUACAGCCUUCUGUUCCCCUUGCAUGUCUUGCCUCUUAAGCCCAGAACCUUGGUGAUAAUCAGUGCUUCCACUGUCUUAGAAUGUUUGUCAUCUUUCCCUAGUUGAUAUGAAGUAUAUACAUUUUUGCUAUUUGCCUCAACUAUUGAUACUGAACAAGCAAUAUAAUUGGUGUCAAAAAAGUCUUAAUAUCACGAGAUGUUAAGAGCUCAGUAAGAUAAGAUAGAACUUGCAGGACAAAUAUCUUUGGAAUUGUGGGUGAAGAAUAGAGUGGCAUGCUAAUUCCUCCUUGCUAAUACUCCCAGUUGUCAUGGGGAAGGGAAAGAGGCCAAAAUUGGGAGAGAUUUUUGAGAUGUUGCAGUAGGUAUGGGAAGUUUAAUUUAUAAGAAUUUGUUCAUAACAUACUCCUGGUAACCAGGUGGGAUAUUACCAUAUUCUAGUUCCCAAGGUGUCUAGCUGAGAGUUAUGGGAACUUUAAGACCUUAGUUAGUCAUGUCCCUAAAGUUAUCCAGGACUCUCAAGAACCAUGGUUACUGAAAAGGGAAUCUCGGUACAUCUAACAUUGGUAGCAUGUAACAUACUGUAAAACAGUGUUGGACAAAUAAUAAGUAAUCAGUGUUUGUGGAAGGGGUCAGUGUUAGGUGUUUGAGCAGAGUAUUGCUUAGUGUAUGUAUGCCAUUCCCUCCCCCCCCCCACCCCCCCCCCCCCGCAAAGCAGCUCAACAAGAAGGGAAGGUGUGAUUCAGGAUCAGGCUUAGAUUUCUUUUUUUGAAGAAAUUCCUAACAGACUGUAUAGUAGCACUGAUGAAUAUUUUAUUGUGAAAGUGAAAAUGAAGCAAAAUUAGUAUUAUCUUUAAACAUAGGAAAGAAAACAGUGUUGAGAACAGUCAUUUAGCAGAAGUUGUGCAUUAUAAGAAAUUCCUAUAAAUCUAGGGUUAAUUAUAUAAAUUGGAAUCUUGGUCUUUACUGUUGAGUUUUUUGUAGGGUAGGAAAAAAACUUUCUACUCAGCAGAUCAUUGAUCCAAAAAUUAAACACCAAUACAUCUGUCAUGAUUUCCUGGGGCUCUUGUGAGUUCUGUGUAUGUGUAAAGUAUUUAACAACUAAAACAAUAGUGCAUAAUAAAUAGUAACUGCUAUUGUUGUUUGCACCCUUAAUGUGUUCUUUUUUAUGGUUUGGGGUCCUUUUACAUCAGAAUCUUCCCUGAUUCAUCCCUUUUCAGUUCCCAUGGGCAAAUCAUCUAGGUCAUUGUGGACAGGAAUAUGAAGUUGAGACUUCAGAUAUGCAAAUCCUAUCCAUUCCAUACCAUUAUUUAUUAUUAUUGAGGGAUAAAAAAGAAAAGUUAAAUUCCUUAUGUACAGUAUGGUCACAAUUUUGUUAUACUUAUUUAAGAAAAAUUUAAAAACAUAGAUGAAUAAAUAGAAAAUUCCACCACUAAAUAUUAGAAGUUAAUCUGGAUAGUGGGGUUAAAUGGCAAUUUUUCUUUUCACUUAUCUAUAGUUUCUAAUUUAUUUACAGCCAACAUAUUUCUUAUUAAAUAAAGUUUUGUUUUUUUUUUAAGUACAAGGGCCUGAUUCUACUUCAUAAUAGGGACUAGGAUCCCUGUCACAGUGGCUUCUUCAUGACCUAGAGUUCAGGUCAAACUCUUGCUCUUUUAAAUCCCUUAGUUAGGUCCUUGAUCAGCAUUUCUAGCAAUUCCCUACACUUGCACAUGAAGAACUGGAAAUUCUGCCAGAAGACUAAAUAAUGUAUCUGGAGUUGUUGAAAUAAAACAGACAUAGAUCUGAAUUUUUGCAAAUAACUUUGUUAACCUAAGCAUAGUUUCGCCAUCUGUAAAGUGGGGAUAAUAGUUUAGAGGGUUGUGAGAAUUAAUGGAUAUAAUGAAUGUAAAGUGCUUUAGUGGCUCAGGGUUCAAUAACUGAAAGCUAAUAAGUGAAAGUCAUGAAAUAGAGUUGGUGGCCAAAAAGGAGGGGUGGAUUUUUGCUCUUAGGGUGGUUUCCAGAUUCUUGGCUUUGUCAAACAAAAUUAUGGAUUAAAAAAAAAAAAUUAUGGAUGUUCAGCCAGGCACAUGUUUGAUUGCCCAUUGAAGUUGGCCUGGUCCCUGCCUUUCACCCUGUGGGUUUGAGGUAUACCUGUGGGCUCUGAGCAGAGAGACAUCACUGCAAAUGACAAAUAAAAUACAAUUGUCUAAGGUGAGAAGGGACAUGAAUACUAGAUGGAUGUGUGUAUGUAGAGUGAAGGUAUCAAUAUCCUACAACCUCAAAGUGUACCCACUUCACUAUUUUACCUGAGACUGCUAUUUAACGUACUGGACAAAAAAAGAUGGGAGACUGAAUUAUGUCAGUGCUAAAAGUUUAAAGUUCACAUUAGUAAGGAGUAAACAAUCUCAGGAGUCAGACUAUCUGACCUUUUAGUUACAUAACAACUUAUAAAAUGCUUUCUUUUUAUAAUUUUGUUUUUGUGUGCAAAUUCCAAAUUUCAAGUGAGAAAGUUCAAUUUAAAUAGAAAAAGUCAUCCUUCAAAUAGAGCAGGAGAAAAAUGCAACAUCUGCUUCCUUCCCACUUAUUGUAAGCCACUUGUAAAUUAAUGUGAAUGAUGAAUCUAAUAUUUAAGUCAUUCUCUAAAUGUAAUUUAAAAAAUUUACAAUUGCAUGGAACUUUGAAUAGGAAGUGAGAUAUGGUAGGUUAGUAUAGGCUGGAGUGAAAUAGUGACACAUCCUAGAGUAAUUUGGGCAGAUAAUAAA